GAGAGCAGAUCCCCUUCGCUUUCCCAAGCUAAUACUAAUCCCCAAGCCUCCUUCCAUGCCACUCUAACUAAGCCCUACUCGCCCAGCGCUCGCUGACAGCCAUGGCCCACCGCGCCCUCCUCUUCUUCCUCCUGCUCGCCGCCGCCGCCGCGGGGUCGGAGGCGGAGGAGGCUGAGGUUCACACGGCGGAGACGGCGACGGCGACGGCGACGGUGCCGGUGGAGGAGCUGGCCGCGCUGCUGGGGAGGCUCGAGGAGGUCGCGUCCUCGCUCGCCGCGUCCGCCCGCGCGCUCGAGUCCGCGCUCGCCGCCAGAUCCGUCGCGGAGCCGGAGCCCCCGCCGCCGCAGACCGCCGUGGAAGCCGCGCUUGGUGCUGGGGCGGGGGACUGGCGGGCCCCGCUCCCGCAGGCGCAGGGCGUGGCGGUCACGAAGCGGCGGCCCGUCUGGUCGGAGCGGUUCCACUUCGCGGCCGCCGUGCGGCUCGGGGCCGGCGCGCACGCGGCGGCCGCCGCGGCGCUGCCCUACGAGGACGCCGACGGGCUCACCAAGUACUUCGCCGUGGGGGACUCCCGCGGCCGCGUCUUCGUCUUCUCCGCUGCGGGGGACGCGCUGCUCGAGCUGGAGGCCGCCGGCGCCGAGGGGGAGUCCCCGGUCACCGCCCUGCUCGCCUACCUCUCCCCACGCCGCACCGACUGCCUCCUCUUCUCGGGCCACGCCGACGGCUCCAUCGCGGCGCACCGGCUCACAGAGUCGUCCCCGCACGGCGACGACUGGCUCACCCUCGCCGUGGCCUCCUCCCGCAUCCUCGUCCGCGGCCUCGACGGCUCCCCCGUGCUCCACCUCGAGGCGCACCAUGCCGGCCGCUCCCGCUACGUGCUCUCCUGCGACGCCGGCCGCCGCAUCCGCGUCUUCACCGAGAACGGCACGCUCUAUGGCACCGCCAUCGCAUCCUCCACGCCUCUCGCCUUCGUCAAGCAGCGGCUCCUCUUCCUCACCGAGGCCGGCGCCGCGUCUCUCGACCUAGGCUCCAUGACAGUCCGCGAGACGCCCUGCGAGGGCCUUGCCGAGGCGCUUAACGGCUCCCGUCCCAAGGCGUACUCCUUCGACCCUUCCGAACGCUUCAAGGCCUAUGGCUUCACUGAUGCCGGUGACCUCGUGCACCUGCUGCUUCUUGGUGACGUUGCCAGCCUCAAGUGCCGAGUCCGGGCUGUCAAGAAGGCUGAGGCCGACAGCCCUGUCGCGAUACAGACGAUCAAAGGUUACCUCUUGGUGGCCAGCCAAGAUAAGAUUAUGGUGUACAACACCUCGUCACAGUACUAUGGGAGGGUUGGGGCGCCUCGACCGCUGUUCACCACAACCAUUAACGAAAUCAAGUCUGUUUUCGCCGGUCCCGGUGCCGUGAUGUCUGCCUUACCACCUGGGAAGCCUCUUAUUGUCGCGGACAGGGAGAAGCUUGUAAUCUUGGGGCUCGGGGAUGGUUACAUCGCCAUCUAUCGGUCCAACUUCCCGGUGUACAGGCCGGAGAGCAAUGCUGUUGUGUGGAGUGGACCGGCGCUGCUUUUCCUCCUGUUCUUGAUCGGCAUAUGGCAAGUGUAUGUGAAGAAGAAAGAUUCAUUGGGGUGGACACCAGAGGAGACGUUCAGCACUUCGGUCACAGCUCCUACAGGUAGCAUUUUGAAUCAUCCAGCUAGUGACCGAGCCUUUGCGGAUAGCACAACAAGAGCUGCUGAUCGAGGCUAUGUGGAUGGCACGACAAGAGCCAGUGAUAGAAGCUAUGUGGAUUCCACUGCAAGAUCUACUGACCGAGGCUAUGCUGAGGCUGCCAGGGCCGUGGAUUUACGCGGUGGGGCAUUGAGAAGUGCUCCAAGAAGGUAUGUGUCCCCUACUAGAUAUGCAGGGGCAGCUGGUAUUCCAUAUCGACCUGUUUCGGCUGAGCCUGGGCUUAGAGCCACUCCAGAGCUGAAGUAUCGAGGCCCAGGUAUGGAGCCUCCUGGUUUCCCCAAGAAAAGGGACAUGUUCUCGAACAACCAAGCUGUAGUAGAUGAUCAUGUUGAAUGAGGGUGUCGGUAGUUGGUGUAGACAGUACCCCUAAAUUUUGGUCUGGUUUUGAAGAUCCCACACCUAAAAGGGAUGCCAGUGAUCCACGAGCAUGCUGUUGUAAGUUAUAACUUGAAAAACGUUGUAUUGUAUGAGUACAUUAUGGCCCUUUAAGAUGUGAUGCUGCAAAUGGUGAAAUAACACAAAGACUUGAAUCUGUGCAUUUUACACUA